AUGAUACCCAUACACACACACUUCCAAUCCAAAGCGAUUCGAUCAAUACGAUCCCUUCAUAAAACCCACUUCCCCUCACAUUUCCAAUCCUCUUCUUCUUUCUCUUCUCUCUCAUACAUCUUCGUCGCAUUCUCUCGACGAAGUACCUCAUCAUCCAAUAUUUGGACAUCACGCAAAACAGAUUUAACUUUCAAAAAACAUUCCCAAAAUUACGUGCAACAACAUAUCAGAAAUAUCACCAUGUCGUCCGCAGCUACCAUUUACGAGUUUGAACCUUUGAAUAAAAAAGGCGAACCAACACCCCUCUCAGAAUACAAAGGCAAAGUCCUCUUAAUCGUCAAUACAGCUUCCAAAUGUGGCUUCACUCCUCAAUAUGAAGGACUCGAGAAAUUAUACAAAGAUAUGAAGGAGAAGCACGGUGAUGAUUUUGUCAUCUUGGGUUUCCCUUGUAAUCAAUUCGGAGGUCAAGAUCCAGGUUCUGACGAGGAAAUUCAAAGUUUCUGUCAAAUUAACUAUGGCGUCUCUUUCCCAAUUAUGAAAAAAAUCGACGUAAAUGGCGAUAAUGCCGCUCCUCUCUUUCAAUGGCUCAAAUCAGAAAAACCAGGUCUCCUCGGUCUUCAACGCGUCAAGUGGAAUUUCGAAAAGUGGUUAGUCGGUAGAGAUGGAAAGGUCAAGCAAAGAUGGGCUUCCACCACCAAACCAGAGGCUUUGGAGAAAGCAGUCACAGAGGCUUUGAAUGACGCCAAGUCUGAGCUUUAAAGGGAUCUGAAAACUGCGUGGAUGUAUGAUUGAUUGCGAAGAAGAUGAGAAGUCUUUUGGACAUUUUCAAAUGGGUUUUGCUUGCUUGGUGUUGGUCAUUUGAGAGGUGGAAAUCUGAUUAAUUCGUGGUUGUGAAUUUUGUAUGCGGGGAUUAUACCAUAGAAUAAGAAAGCUUUUUGAUUUGAUUGGUGGAUUGGUUCUUUUUACCUGUGCUGGAGAUUGUAUGUACGUGCGUGCGUGUUACUUUACAAGAUCAUUGAUACGAAGUGAACUAGUGGG